UCUCUCAAAAAUAAAUUUAAAAAAAAUUUUUUUUUAUUAAAAAAAAAGAAGCAUUUGAAAAUAGAGAUCUUAAUUUCAGAGGAGAAGUCUGGGUUGGAAGUCCAAAUACAUAUUUCCAACCGCAUAUCAAAGGAGUGAAUCUCCAUCAGCAGAUCAUAUCGCACUAGCAGUACUAAAAAGUUGAAUAACAGUUAACAUAUGUGGUCUUACUAUAUGCCAGAUGCUUUUACAUUUAUUUCAUUUAGUACUAACAAAAAUUAUAUGAUAAGCACAUUUUUACCCCCCCCUUUUAAAGAUGCACAACCUAAAAUUCAAAAAGAUUAAAAGAAUUUGCUGAAGGUUCUUCAGGUACUCAGUAGCAAAGCUGGGUCGUGAACUCAGAUCUGUCAGAAUCCAAAGCAUGAGGAAAGCACCAUGCUGUACUGCUUUCUCAUAAGGCUAGCUAUAAUUUUAUUGAGUCAUUGCAGUAUGCCAGGUGUUUUGCUAAAUUACAGACAUCUCAGCAGAAUGUGAUUUUGGGAGAAAUUUUUGAAAGCAGGAAAGAGGUCUUCUAAAGAAGCUUUAUUCUCUCUGUGUAAAUAUAAUCAUUAUUUAUACAUCACACAACCUGUUUUUCAUAAAAUUUUUAGUUUUGCUCACAAAGUUUGCCACCACCACCAUCAAAGUUUCCAGUGUGAUUGGAAAAAUCACAUUCAGGUAGACAGAGUGAUUGCAAGCUUAGGUUUGAGGGGGAGCAGAAGAAGGGCCAAUUUAUUUGGUUUCUCUAUUAGGGUGCAGAGCACGCCAGAUCUCAAGAAUGCAGAGACAAGAUGUGAGUCUUGUCUUUCCAGUUCUGUUCUCUCCCAGCUGGGGAAUUAGGAAAGGUAUCACAAAGGAAGGAAUACUAAAGCGUAUUUCAAAUCCUGACCUAGAGAAAGAAGACAUCAGGCUGAAAGAACUUCAUUAACAUAAGUCAGAGGUGUUUCAAAGUCCAUGGUGUAUUUCUGGAAUGAAAUAGUAGUCCAUUGUGGGCAGAUUAGGGCCUGAUUGAAAGAUGUGGAGGGAGGAGAAGGUUCCGUGGGACCAGAUUUAUUUGAAUGGUACUGUGUGUCCAUGCCUGUACAUACAGAAAGUCGUUACUCAGGUUUGUGUUUCUUCUACAUUCAAGAUCAUUUAAAGCAUGGUUUAUAAGGAAAGUCAAAUCUCAAGGGUAUCCUGCAAGAUGACUUAAAAAGUCUUAACUCACAGAUGGCAGUGAUUGAAACAUAGUGUGGGAAGGAAGAAGAGUAUAUAAAGAAGAAGAAACAGGACUUGGCUCAGCAAGCAAAAGAAACACGGAACAAAGGAGAGGAAACCAACAAAGAUAAUUUUGGAAGCACUGAAUGCAGCAAAACAAGAACAAUGGAUCUCAAGUACAACAAUUCCAGGAAAUAUAUUUCUAUAACUGUCCCUCCCAAAACACAGACAAUGUCACCACACAUCAAGUCAAUAGAUGACGUCGUGGUGCUUGGCCUAAAUCUCAGCAGAUUUAACAAACUUACUCAGUUUUUCAUAUGUGUCGCUGGAGUUUUUGUAUUUUACCUAAUUUAUGGAUAUUUACAGGAAUUAAUAUUUUCAAUGGAGGGUUUUAAGCCCUAUGGCUGGUACCUUACUUUAGUACAGUUUGCAUUUUAUUCCAUAUUUGGCCUAAUAGAACUUCAGCUUAUUCAGGACAAAAGGAGAAGAAUACCAGGAAAAACCUACAUGAUUAUAGCUUUUCUAACUGUGGGUACUAUGGGGUUAUCAAAUACUUCCUUGGGCUACCUGAAUUAUCCCACCCAAGUCAUCUUCAAGUGCUGCAAAUUGAUUCCUGUUAUGCUAGGAGGAGUUUUAAUUCAAGGGAAGCGUUACAACCUUGCCGACGUGUCCGCGGCAGUGUGUAUGAGCCUGGGCCUGGUAUGGUUCACCCUGGCUGACAGCACAAUCGCCCCCAAUUUCAACCUCACAGGUGUGAUCCUUAUUUCCCUGGCCCUGUGUGCAGAUGCCGUCAUUGGAAACGUUCAAGAGAAAGCCAUGAAACUGCAUAGUGCGUCCAACUCAGAAAUGGUUUUGUAUUCGUAUUCCAUCGGUUUUGUGUACAUUUUAUUGGGAUUGACAUGCACGAGUGGAUUAGGCCCUGCAGUAACAUUUUGUUCAAAGAAUCCAAUUCGGACCUAUGGUUAUGCUUUCCUUUUUUCCCUCACUGGAUAUUUUGGAAUCUCCUUUGUCCUGGCUUUGAUUAAAAUUUUCGGUGCCCUUCUUGCUGUAACAGUGACAACAGGAAGAAAAGCAAUGACUAUUGUACUUUCAUUUAUGUUCUUUUCUAAACCAUUCACAUUUCAGUAUGUCUGGUCUGGUUUGCUAGUUGUCCUUGGUAUAUUUCUCAAUGUUUACAGCAAAAAUAUGGAUAAAAUAAGACUACCAGCACUGUAUGAUCUGAUGAACAAAAUCGUGGAAAUGAGAAAGUCAAGGACGUUGGCACAAACUGUAUAGAGAGUGAUUCAUCCUGUUUCAAAUAGAAUUCUAAGGGAGUAAUUAUCAAAUAAUUAACUUUCCAAAAGGAUUAUUAUAAAAACCAAAGGAUCUGAAAGGCAUGCUACCCAUUUGUGAUUGGGUCCCUAUGAAGUCAACCUUUUCUUCAGGAUACUUGUUGAACUAACUGCUGCAGCAAUCAGGAGGGCCACGUGUGGCACGCCUUAGACUAACACGUCAGUGUGAAGGACUAAUUCUUAGCAACCUGUUGAGAAUUUCACUGGAAAUGGACCAUGUUGCAAAACUAAUUGGAUAUCAUUAUGACAGAUCAUAGAAAUUGAUAUAAUAAUAUCAAUUAAUAGAUUGUUUUGUCUUCAUUCCAUUUUGCUGGUGUUAUUUAAAUGAUUCUCUGUUGUAAGAGUGAAUGGAUGAUUUAAAGUCUAGAAAGAAUAACUUCAUUAUAAAUAAAACUUAAUUAUGUGAUUUUUUUAAACAAA